GUCUUCGGCGAUUUUCUUCCACACGAGCCUGGUGAAAAUGGCGGAGCAAAGUUCCGUGCCGAGUGAUCUUUACAAACAUGUCUAUUCAUUUCUACUGGAGAACAAGUUUACCAAGGCUGCCCAACACUUCAUCAAACAAGCUAAAGUGCCACCCCAGGAUGAAAAAGAGGCCGCUGGUCUUCUUGACAUUUUCAACUUCUGGGUGAAGUCUCCCGAAGCUAAGAAACGCAAGGCGCUGCCCAUUGGUCCUGGAUCCAGUGACAGUCCGUCUGCUAAGAAGGCAAAGACUGCAGAGAGCUCCAGUGAGGAGUCGAGCAGUGAGGAGGAGGAAGCUGCAGCACCUGCCAAGGCCACACCCACAGCAGCCAAGGCUCCACGCCCUGCUAAAUCCGAUUCCAGCAGCAGUGAUGAUUCCAGUGACGAAGAGGAGGCUGUAGCGAAGAAACCUGCAGCAGCCAAAGCCCCAGUGAAGAGCCCAGUGGUGUCAGCAGCCAAAGCCCCAGUGAAGAGCCCAGUGGUGUCAGCAGUCAGGACAAAGAGCUCCAGCAGUGAGUCAUCUGAAGAUGAGGCCAAAGCUCCUGCAGCUAAACGAAAGGCUGCAGCCGCGACCCCUAAGGCAGGAAAGGCUGCAGCCGCGACCCCUAAGGCAGGAAAGGCUGCAGCCGCGACCCCUAAGGCAGGAAAGGCUGCAGCCGCGACCCCUAAGGCAGGAAAGGCUGCAGCCGCGACCCCUAAGGCAGGAAAGGCUGCAGCCGCGACCCCUAAGGCAGGAAAGGCUGCAGCCGCGACCCCUAAGGCAGGAAAGGCUGCAGCAGCUCAGAAGAAGACUACGAGCAGCAGCAGUAGUGAAGACACCUCCAGUGAAGACGAGGCGCCCACUAAGACCCCGGUGAAACCUCCUGGCCCCGCCAAGACCCCUCCAGCUAAGGACAGUAGUUCCUCGGACAGCAGUGAUGACAGCAGCGAUGAGGAGGAGAAGAAGAAAGUGUCAGCUAAAACAGUCAAAACCACCCCAGCCAAGACUGUGACCCCCAAAGCUGCUGCAGCUGCUAAGAAGGCAGAGUCCAGCUCUGAGAGCACAGACUCCAGCUCUGAAGAAGAAGCCAGCAAGAAGCCUACCCCAGCGAAGGCUACCCCAGCGAAGGCUACCCCAGCGAAGGCUACCCCAGCGAAGGCUACCCCAGCAGAAGACUCUGACUCCAGCUCUGAGGAUGAAGAAGAGGCUAAGAAGCCAGAAGUAAUAAGGGUUAAGUCCACAGCUGUCAAAGUAACGGUUACCCCUGCCAAGGAAGACUCUUCCUCAGAUUCCAGCUCAGAGGAGGAAGAGGAGAAGGGUUCGAAGACUGUGAAAGUGGCGCCAGCUACAGCAACCGUAACUGUGGCAGAGGUGAAGGAGCGGGGGGCCAAGACUGUGACUGUAGCGGGGGCCAAGGCUACUGUGAAGGUGGUGGAAGACGGCUCCUCUUCCUCGAGCUCAGAGGAUGACGAAGAGGGGACAGUGAAAGCAGCACCAGCUAAGGCGACUCCUACCGUGACCCGAGGCAAGGCUGCUGAAUCCUCCUCGGACUCCGACUCGAGCUCAGAAGAUGAGGAAGAGGCUAAAAAACCAGCAGCCAAGGUGACUCCAGCGAAGACUGCCCCAGCUAAGAAAUCAGACUCUUCCAGCUCUGACUCUGACAGCAGUUCUGAGGACGAGACACCAGCUAAACCUGCUGCUCCCAAGGCCCCAGCCAAGGCUGCUACAGAAAACAGCUCGGACUCCGACUCUUCUUCUGAAGAUGACGAACCCCCAGCUAAGAAGGCUACCCCAGCUGCUGUUCCUAAAUCAGCCUCCAAACCAGCAACCCCGGUUCCUAAAUCAGCCUCCAAACCAGCCACCCCGGUUACUAAACCAGCUGCAGCGGAGAGCAGCUCGGACUCCGACUCUUCUUCUGAAGAUGACGAACCCCCAGCUAAGAAGGCUACGCCAGCCUCUGUUGCUAAAUCAGCUUCCAAACCAGCAACCCCGGUUCCUAAACCUGCUUCCAAACCAGCAACCCCGGUUACUAAAGCAGCCGAGAGCAGUUCAGACUCCGACUCUAGCUCAGAUGAGGAUGAGGCCAUAGCUAAGAAGGCUACCUCUAAACCAGCCACCCCAGUGGUGGCUAAAUCGGCCUCCAAACCAGCCACACCAGUGGUGACUAAAUCAGCCCCAGCCAAGGCAGCAGCCGAGAGCAGCUCCGAUUCAGACAGCUCGGAUUCGGAGGACCAGGCUGCUGCUACGAAGAAGACCACCCCCAAACCUGCAGCCAAGAGUCCUGCCGUCAAGACACCGGCUAAAGCUGCAGAGUCGUCAUCGUCCGAGGAGAGUAGCUCUGAGGAAGAGGAGGCUAGUAAAAAGACUGUGAAACCCGCUACCGCCCCCGCUACCGCCCCCAAGACCGCCCCCAAGACCACCGCAGCAGCCAGACCUAAAGCCAAGGAGGACAGCAGCUCUUCAGAUGACUCCAGUGAUGAAGAGGCAGCGCCCAAACCAGCAGCAGUGAAGGCUACAACACCAGCCUCGGCUAAAAAGGCAGCCGAAAGCAGCUCCGACUCUUCCGACAGUUCCGACUCGGAGGUGGAGACAGAGGCCGCCAAGGCGACGCCCGCCAAGCCUGCUCUGACCAAUGGAAAGCCAGCUACACCCAAAGCAACCACAUCUGCAGUCAAGGCAACGAAACCGACCAAGGCGGCCGAGUCUUCCUCUUCCGAGGAGAGUAGCUCUGAGGAAGAGGCCAGUAAAAAGACUGUGAAACCUGCCGCCACCCCCAAGACCACCCCCAAGACCACCCCAGCAGCCAGACCUAAAACCAAGGAGGCCAGCAGCUCAUCAGACGACUCUUCUUCGUCUGAAGAAGAAGAGGCAGCGGAGAAAGCACCGGCAGCAGUCACCACUCCCAUCGCUAACAGCAUUGUAAACGGUAAGAGAAAAAGGGGUGGAGGAGCCUCGGAGGAUGAGGAAGAAUUAACGACCCCUAAAAAUAACAAAGCAGCAGCAACAACACCACAGACGUUCCCUAAAGUCUCUAAGAAGAUCAAUGUGCCUUUCCGUAGAAUAAGAGAAGAGGAAAUUGAUGUGGAUAACCGACUGGCUGACAACUCCUUCGACGCCAAGCGCGGGUCGGAUGGAGACUGGGGCCAGAGGGCCAAUGACGUGCUCCGCUUCACCAAGGGGAAGUCCUUCCGUCACGAGAAGACCAAGAAGAAGAGGGGUAGCUACUGUGGAGGAGCCAUCUCCCAGUCCGUCAACUCCAUCAAGUUCGACAGCGACUGAGAACCUAGUCAUCGUUUGUCACUACCCCUCUUCCUCCCCUCUUGACCCAGGACUAUCUGCCCCCCUCCCCCGACCUCCCCCUCUGCAGAAACCUGACUGAGCUGAAGAUCGUGAACUAAACUAGAGCUGUGACUGCUGCACUCACAUAAGUGGCUGGUGAUUUGUAGUUCGUACGCCUGUGUUAAUUAAACCAGUCCUUUUAAAAUGCACAUUUCUGUAAUGGUGGAAUGACGCUGUAGAAGUGGAGACUAGCUUUCCUUGAAAUGGCACCCAGUCAAGACACCUCCCCUAUGUCCUAAACUGCACCCUAUUCCCUAUGUAGUGCACUACUUUUAACCUGAUCGAAAGUAGUGCACUACUUUUAACCUGAUCAAAAGUAGUGCACUACUUUUAGCCUGAUUGAAAGUAGUGCACUACUUUUAACCUGGUCGAAAGUAGGGCACUACUUUUAACCUGGUCGAAAGUAGGGCACUACUUUUAACCUGGUCGAAAGUAGGGCACUACUUUUAACCUGGUCGAAAGUAGGGCACUACUUUUAACCUGGUCGAAAGUAGGGCACUACGUAGGGAAUAGGGUGCCGUUUAGAACAGAAGAAAGGCUGCAGAGGGGAGGUGUCUUGGCUUGUCUCCCCUUGUGCCUUCAGGACGUAUCACAAAGGAUUCAUGUACAACAUAUAGCCACCAGGUGGCGGUAGUCAGCCACCAAUUCAGUUAAAUAUAAAUUCAAACUGUUUUCAGAUUUUUCUCUCGGCCACUUAAUCUGUUGCUUGUUGUGAAAUUGUUAGCCUGGAUCUCAUACAUUCUGUCCAGUGAUAUAUAUAUAUAUAUAUUUUUUCCCCAGUCGUAAAUUUAAAUUCUGUUUCUUGUUUAUUGUAGUUUGCAUUGCGGGGAAAGGGGUUAUUUUUUUUUUUUUCAGGAAAAUGACUGAUUUUGUAUGGAACAUGCAGACCUGUGGGGUUUUGUUUUGAGGGUUGAAUGAAAUGUUAUUUUAGUAUGAUUUAUUAUGGGGUGGAUAUUUCGUAGUGGGUGCGUUCCAGGCUGACUACAUUUGCAAUGGCCUAACCAGAUCUCACGCCUGGAUAAGGAUUCAACCACUGCAAUGUUAGUCAGCCUGGAACGCACCCGUUUUAGAUCAGUAUUUACGUUUUUUUUAGCCUGGGAGUAUCAGGGAUCAUCCAACUGUUAUUACAAGCUGCAGUCUAAAAAUAACUUCCUGGGUCGUGUUCUGUAGGAUGUACUGAAACAAAACGUUUUGAAACGGUAAACACCAUCUGAAAUGGUACCCCGUUCUCACUAGUGGUCGUAAGUAGUGUACUGUAUGGAAUACGCUGCGAUGUUGAUUCCUGCUUGAAGUCAAAACUGCCAGCCUAUUGGUUUGGUGGUUCAUUGGUUCAGCAGCCAACCACAAGUUGUUUUAAUUUUGUGAAUUUUCAAUUUCCUGUUUCUAGUCUUAUUGAGUAUUGUUAUUACUUGAAUAAAAUACCUAGUUGUUCCAA